GCGAUUUCUGGGCGGGAACGAUGACGUCCCCGGUGCAGGCGGAGGCACUGCGGGCAACCGAAACGGACGGUUCGAAGCUGACGACGAUCGUUGGCCAGCAGCUAAAUUAUUUGACACAUACGGACGAGGCGAGCUGCGACGUGACUCGUUGGGAUAUACUGCUCACCCUCAUCUCGAUCCUGUUCCGACUGAUCAGCAUCAGUCUGACGGUGCUGCUUGCCAUUGAGUACUAUCGGAACGGGCGUACGGUGUAUUUCGGGCUAACGCUGAUUGGACUGUUCGUUCCCGCUAUCAUUACUACGCUGCUGAGUGUGCUGAUGUAUCUGGAUGAUACGCGACGAAAGCGACGGGAAUCGCAACCUUGCUGCAGUACGUUGGUCUGUAUAGUGGUGAUGCCAUUCUUCUGUCGCUAUUCACACUCGUUGCGUCUAUCGUACGCUUGCUAUUCGGCGAAAAGGCGCCAGGAUUGGGCCGCCCAAAAGCGUGCCUACGAGCAGCUGGUCCAGGAGGACAGCGAUGUGGCGUUACUGCGCAUCUUCGAGUGUUUGCUCGAGGUAACGUUGCAAAAGAUCCUCCAGCUUACGAUCGUCCUGUCAACCGGCCCGGUCACCAUCCUGCAGAUGCUAUCGAUCGUUAGCGCGAUGGGCAGUAUCGCCUGGUGUAUGGCUUCUCACUAUCGGUGUGUCCGGUUUGCCCGGCUAGACAAGCGACACAUUCCCUGGUCUGGUACGAUCGUACACAUUGCGUGGCAGUUUGCCGUUACGGUGGCACGCGUACUGGCGAUUGCAUCGGUUGCGAGCGUGUUCCCGCUCUACACAGCACUGGCAUGCGCCAGCCACGCGAUUCUGAUGUCCGUUUGGGUGUUUUGCUACGAGCGUCCCCGGUUUUGUGGUGAUUCGCUUGCCCAGCGCGCUCUACUCUCCUGUGCGUUCGGGACCGUUUUUAUCUUCAACUAUAUUCCACUGCACGAAGGUCCAACCCGGGUACGCUACACGCUCUUCUACGUGGUGUGCUUUCUCGAGACGGUUGUGUGCAGCGUGCUGUACGCAAUGUUCGUGAGCAAUCCAACCAUCAAGCGGUCGAGUUUGUGGACGGGCGUAUUAAGCUGCUUUCCCAUCGUUACGUUCCUGGUCGGGAUUUGUCUGAUGGUGGUGUUUUAUCGCUACUGUCAUCCAAACAUUACCUCACGCCAAAUGGAGGCACGUACAAUGGCGAAUGAGCAGUAG